AGAUCCCAUUAUCUUGGUUGUGAUAUGAUCGAAUCUAAAUAUAAACCCUAAACAAAACGACUCACAAAACAAAAACAAAGAGGGUGAAAAAAAAUUUCCUCUUUAUUUAUUUUUUUGCUUUGCAUUAUUUUCCCUUACCAGCAUCUUCUCGUCUCCUCCGUAUUCUGGGUUCCUUUUUUUCCCGAUUAUCGUCUUAUCAUCGCUGCGAAGUUCGAGAAUUGGAGUUGUUGCGAAAAUUUUAAUUCCCAAUUCAAGGAUUUUGCUUUGUCUCUCUGGAUUCAUUCUGGUGCUUCUUUUAGCAGCUGAUUGGAGGCAGCCCUUUGCUUUGCUGAAUGUUUGGUCCAAAUAUGGAUUCUAUGCGUGAAGCUGGUGGUGAUGCCACUAGCUCAGUGGUGAUACCGGUGCCAUUCGUCUGGCGCCAUGGUGGAAGAACCAUAUAUCUGACUGGCUCUUUCACAAGGUGGUCCGAGGUUGUUCCCAUGUCUCAGGUUGAAGGUUGUCCCAAUGUGUUUCAGGUUAUCUGCAACCUAGUUCCCGGAUAUCACCAGUACAAGUUUCUAGUUGAUGGAGAAUGGAGACAUGAUGAACACCUGCCUUGUACAAACAGCGAAUAUGGAAUAGUGAACACUCUCGUCGCUUCCGGGCCUAGUUAUGCAAUGCAUCCGCAAAUGCUUUCUGGAUCUAAUAUGGAUGUGGACCCAAAGGCCUUCCGUGAAAUGGUUAGGGUUGCUGAGGUUCCACCUACUCAUAUGAUGACAGGAACAUCAGAGGAGGAUUUGUGUGUUUCCCGCCAACGAAUAUCUGAAUACUUGUCUGGGAAUACUGUUUAUGAGUUACUUCCAGAGUCAGGAAAGGUUGUCGCAUUGGAUGUUAAUUUACCGGUAAAACAAGCAUUUCACAUCCUGCAUGGACAGGGUAUUUCCACGGCUCCUCUUUGGGAUUUCAGCAAGGGGAACUUUGUCGGAGUUCUUAGUGCACUUGAUUUUAUUUUGAUUCUUAGAGAGCUCGGGAACCAUGGUACAAAUUUGACUGAGGAGGAGCUUGAGACGCACACCAUAUCUGCCUGGAAAGAAGGAAAAGCGUAUCUUAACAGGCAGUCUGAUGGGCAUGCUAGAACAGUCACGAGAAAUCUCAUUUAUGUAAAGCCGUAUGAUAUUUUGAAGGAUUUGGUAUUAAAAAUUUUGCAAAAUGGGGUGGCAACAGUACCUGUCCUUCACUCUUCUUUAGAGGAUGGUUCAUUUCCUCAGCUAUUACAUCUUGCUACACUCUCGGGAGUACUCAAAUGUAUAUGCAGAUACUUUCGACAUUGUUCUAGUUCAUUGCCCAUAUUCCAACGACCAAUAUGUGCUUUACCUGUUGGGACAUGGGUUCCAAAGAUCGGGGAAUCAAACGGACGUCCAUUAGCAAUGUUGAGACCCAAUGCUUCUCUAAGUCAAGCACUAAAUUUACUGAUUCAAGCUCAAGUUGGUGCAAUUCCUAUUGUUGAUGACAAUGACUCGUUACUUGAUAUCUAUUGCCGGAGUGAUAUAACAACCUUGGUGAAGGACAAAGUUUACGCGCAUAUUAAUCUUGGAGAGACCACCAUUCAGCAGGCUUUGCAGUUGGUACAAGAUUCUUAUUAUCCGUAUGAGAUGAGAAGUCAGAGGUGCCAAAUGUGUUUACGGACCGACUCUUUGCAUAAAGUAAUGGAACGACUGGCAAAUCCAGGCGUAAGACGGCUUGUUGUCGUGGAAGCAGGAAGUAAGCGAGUCGAAGGAAUCAUAUCUCUCGGUGACAUCUUCAGGUUCUUGCUGGGUUUUGCUUGAAGACCUUCUCAUGGUCUGUGAGAAGGCUCAUCAUCCCCCUUUUUUCCCAUGUUUCUUUCUUGAAGAAACACUCCCAUAAUCCUCUUUGCAGGAUGACCCCGCUUGUUCUGAUUUGUUCGAAAUCAACCCCGCAAUUUGAUUUGGCCGGUUUUGUAAUUUUUAGAACAUUAGUAGUUAAGAGGGUUGGGGACAACAGGGGAAGCGUGUAAGUUAUACGCGGAGGGUAAUUUCAUUGUUUAGAUUCUUCCUUCUUUCUUUCUUCUACUGUUACUGUUAUCAUUACUGUAGAAUGUAAUAUGUAAAAUAGUCCAUUGCUUUGUUGCUGAAGUUUGGGUCGAAAAGGAAAAGAAAAUUGGAGGGUUGCUUCAA